AUGUACAUAAUCGAUCGGACAGCACUUGCAUCGUCUAUUAAAGGCAGGCAUGAAAAUUGGCGUUCUGAAUCUGGAAACAAGGACCCCAAUGCUAUGUGGAUCUCUGCAAAGAAAUAUGUUCUCGAAGCAGUUUCGGAAUCACAACCGAUAGUUCGUAUGGCCAAAAGACAGCACUGGAUGACACCAAAAACCUGGAAAUUAAUAGAGGAUCGUAGAGCCAUAAAAGCCAGCGGUGCUAAGGAUGAUAUUAUAAGAGAGAAAAGCACAGCCAUACAAAACGCAUGUCGAAGAGACCGCAACUUAUACUUAUCAACUAUAUGUGAAGAACUGGAACAGCACGCGGACAAUCUACAAACAAGAGAUCUGCACGAGAAGGUGCGUCAAAUAACACGUCAAUUCAAACCCAAGACAUGGGCGAUCGAGAAUGCAAUCGGUACAACGGUGACUGAAAUACAGGAUAUAAUGAAUGUCUGGAAAGAAUACUGCAUAAAGCUCUUUAUGAGGAACAGAAUGCCAACAAUUAACACUGUCACUAUUGAAUGCUCUCAAGCUCGCGAACCGGACAUACUGCGGGAUGAAUCGAUCGUGGAGCGCGUUAAUGACGACACUUCUGCGCCAGCACUGGCUGCGAUAAAUCGACAAUGCAUUGGUCUUUAUCGGCGGAAAACGCUGCUCUUGCACCCAUUCAAGGCUUUCCUUUGA